AUGCCUUCUGUUCGAUCUUUCCUCGCUGCAACCUUUGCACUGGGUCUACUUGACCAAGCCGUGUCUCGGACCAUCAAGCCCUCGAGGGGCCUUACCUCGGAUGGCCUUGACCCCGCCAAAGACAUUGCCGCUCGAGACCCUGCGUACGCGAGCGACUUCACCAUUUCAAUCAUAGACGGGUCUCUCCCCGCUCCUUGUGGAUUCGGAAACAUUUGCUGCUCCCCCAUUUGCAACGUCAGACUGAAUGGUCCCGAUGAUGCGAGCUGUCUGAACAACGGCUAUCAGAACUGGGAUCAGGAGUGUUAUGACAACUUUAACAACUACGAUCCUGAUGACAGACGCGACAUCAACGGAUGCGAAGGUUGGACCAUGCGAUGGCAAGGCGGUUCCUCGGACGAUGGUGUCUUCAUCACUGUUGAGGAGAAGGCUACGGGCAGCUAUAUCCGGUUCUACGUGGAUGAUUGCCAGUCUCCCGACUUCAUCCCCCUUCCCAACCAGUGCGCUGCGCCAGGAGGCGGGUGCACUGGUAGGCCCUCGGGUACUUACAUUGCGGGAUGA